AUGGGGUAAGUAAAUUCUUAGAUGAUGUAAAAAUAAGCUAUUGAGAUAAAUGAUUCUUUGAAAAAGAAAUUUAGUUUAAAAAAUAAAAUAGAAGAGUUAAUACAAGUACCUCCAGAAAUGCAAAUAUUUGUCUUUGGUAUUGAUAUUCCUAAUAUAGGAAUAAGCAAUUUAAGUUAAGAUUAAUAAAUUCAUCCUACUUUCGGUUCUCCUUUUGCUGAGAAUCCUACUAUAAAAGUAGAUUCAAUGAAUUAUGAAAUUCCCACAUGCUAUACAAAACCAGCUUAAUCAUCAAACGAACAGUUAUUUAAGAAAUUUCCUGAUGAAACGUUACUUUAUAUAUUUUAUAAUGUGCCGGAAGAAUAUUAAUAAUUAUAAGCUGUUUCUGAAUUGUUUUUUUUUAAAUAAAAAUUAUAUUUUAUUUUAAUUUUUUUUUAGAUAUAGUAGAAAUUGGUAGUAUAAUUUUGUUUUAUAAACUUGGAUGAAAAUGGAAAAUCAAGAAAAUAAAUAAAAUAAAAUUAUUUAUUUUGAUAUUAAAGAAUGGUAAGUUUAAUAAGUUGAUUAGUCUUAAGUUAGUAUUAAUUUUAAUUAAGAUUUUUAUUCUUUAUAGUAGUUUGUAGAUUCAGCUUCUUGUUAGAUUUUAAAGUGAAAUAUUUUUUUAAAAUAAUAGGAAGUUUUUAGGUGGAUUUAAAUAUUUAUGAUGUAUAUUAACAUGAUU